AUGAGAACUUCUUUAGCUUCGCUUGUGAUCUGCCUGAUCUUUCAGCAGAUGGUGGAGAGCGUUGUGUUCCUGAAUCCAACCUGUGGGGUGUCCUAUGAACCAUUUCUCGGCCCAAGGAUCAUGAACGGUAAAGAUGCUGUACUAAGAUCAGCCCCAUUUAUGGCGUAUUUGUACAACGCAACCGAUUUGUUUUGCGGCGGAUCGAUCAUUAACUCAAGAUAUAUACUGACUGCCGCUCACUGUAUCUUUCCACGUCUGAAAGUGCGUUUGGGGGAACAUGAUACUAAUUCGAAUCCCGACUGUCAGGGGCCAAACAUUUGUUCUCCACGAUCUGAGGAGUAUGAGAUUCAAAUGGCAUCGAGACAUGCAUACUACGAUGAAAGUUCAAUAAAAAAUGACAUUGCUGUAAUCAAACUGACUAGGAACAUCAGGUUUAAUAUACAUAUCCAGCCCAUUUGCCUUAUUCUUAAUCCGGCUAAUUCGCCCCGAGUGAAUGAAUAUAUUGCCUUCGGAUGGGGAAGUACCGCCUUCGCUAGAACUUCCAACGUCCUUCAGACCACAGUACUAAAACCGUACAGCAGGGACUACUGCAACGGGUUUUUUGGUUCCUUACUUACCCGCAAUCAGAUUUGUGCUGGCUUUGAUAAUCGGGACACCUGCAAAGGCGACUCUGGCGGACCUUUGGUGGCCAAGGUGAAUUUGGACGGGGUUAACCGCUACCUGCAGCUGGGAAUCGUGAGCUACGGCCCUAACAAGUGUAUGAGUCCAGGAGUCUAUACUUUUGUGCCUAAUUACAUUGAUUGGAUUAAAUCCUCAAUAAGGAUAAAUGGAAAUUAA